GAUUAAUCAUUGGCGAGAUAGGGGAGAGGAAUCGUAUUCAUAUAUGGGCUGAAGAGCGGUAGUAGAUUAAUGGACUUUUCCAUGUUUUUUGUUUCAACAUUUUAUGGCAAGAUAUUUAAUUUCACAUUAGCCUGCAAGUUGUUUCGUCGUCCGUCGUUUUUUUUUGCUCCCGCUGACUGGCAGCUGGCAAUGUAUGAUAGUAGUCUAUGACUUUCUGAUGUGACUGCAACUAUUGGAGUUGGUGGAUCAGAAACUUAAGUUCGAGAGUGGGUGUCACGUUUUCACAUUUUACCGACAAUUCGGAGGAGUAGGCUACAAGCUAUGGAGAGUGAAACGAACGGUAACAUCUCGAUCACUUCCCAGCUUCACCUGAACAACAGCACCAAUGCGAAUGACAGGGUGGACUCGUAUGGGUUUGAGAUGCCUGAGGGUUAUGAGUCCUAUGAAAAGAUGAUGGCUGAGUAUGUAGCCGUGCUCACCAGAAGGUCCAUCAAGUGGUCUAAACUCCUACAGGGGAAAGUCCACGUGGAGAAGAACCUGAAGGUGAAGCGGUACGUGCGUAAGGGUGUGCCCAACGAGCACCGAGCCCAGAUCUGGAUGGCAGCCAGCGGGGCCCAGGAACAGCUGGAAAAGAACCCAGGGUACUACCACUCUCUGCUGGGUACCGAGCAGCAGCACGAUGCCAAGCUGGAGGAGACCGUCAGGAUAGACAUGCACAGAACGUUCCCUGACAACGUGCAGUUCCGGAACAGCUCAGAGCCCUGUCUGCAGAAGGCUCUGUACAACGUGCUGCUGGCGUAUGGACACCACAACCAGGCUGUGGGAUACUGCCAGGGUAUGAACUUCAUUGCAGGCUACCUCAUCAUCAUCACUAAGGAUGAAGAGAAGUCCUUCUGGCUCAUGGACUCUUUGUUGGGAAGAAUACUCUCUGACUACUACAGCCCGGCCAUGCUGGGGUUGAAGACGGACCAGGAGGUGUUGGGCGAGCUGGUGAGGGUCAAAGCCCCGGCUGUGUGGCAGGCCAUGGCCCAACACAACGUCAUGUGGACCCUGGUGGUCUCCCGAUGGUUCAUCUGCCUCUACAUCGAUGUCCUGCCUGUAGAGACGGUUUUACGGAUCUGGGACUGCCUGUUUUACGAGGGCUCUAAGAUCCUGUUCCGCGUGGCCCUGACUCUGAUCCUCCACCACCAGGCUGAGAUCCUGCGGGCCCGCUCCAUGGUCGAGGUGUGUGAGCGCUUCAAACUGAUCACCCAGGGAGCCUUCACAUACGACUGCCACACCUUCAUGCAGGAAAUCUUCAGGGAACCAGGAAGUCUCUCCAUGGCAACCAUCACUAAGCUAAGGGAGACAUGCAGAGAACACAUAGUGACUGAGAUGUCCAGACUCCACCCUUGACCACUCCUCCACCACUAAUAACCUCUUAAGGCAAUCACCCUGUGGUUAUCCUGGGCUUGUUCCAGGUCAUCUUCAUUGUAGUUGAGCUACAGAUGAUCAGAUUUCACAUUUGGAGAAAUAACCAGGAACCACAAAUAUGAUGACAUGGCAAUCACUCUUCUGAGAUGCUGAAUUGAGCUGCGUGAUUGUAGUACCCCCAUCUAGCCAAAUAUUAUUUGUAUUGUAAAAAGCAUUAAACUGUAAUCUUGCACUUUUCCUGUGGUAGGAUCAUGGGAAUGAUAAGUUGUGGUUUGACAGAGUGGAGAAGCGUUGUAAAUAAUGAGAUGUCAACUCUAAAAUGAAGUCAGGGGAUGUAGUUAAAUGUUCCACCCUUCUCCCCAAAGGGUACCGUAUUCCAGUCCAACCCAGGAAUUGCCUGGGGAGGAAAAUGUGAUAACGCUGAAUCAUAACUUUAAGUGUGCAUAUAAGUUCACACAAUCUUGCAUUGACUCAAUGUAUGAUUUAUCUGUCUGUGCGAUCAUACCUCAAGUUGGAAUUUGACUGGUUUAAUUGGACCAAAGUUGACUCUUUUCAACAAAGGCUGCUCUCUCACUGUAA